GAAGCCAGCUCGCCAGCCACGUGGACAGCCAGAGGCCGGGCGCGAUGGAGCCGGCGUCCGACCUGGGGCUCGGGGACUCGUCCCUGCACCGCUACCUGGACGGCGAGUUCUGGAGCCUGAAACACGAGCUGAGCAGGAUCCUGGGCCACUGCCCGCUGUUCCGGCACAGGUAUGAUUUAAGUUUGGACGAAACAAGAGCUUUGACAGUUGAGAGAGUGAAGUUUAUCUUGGGUCUCCCUCUGGUAAAACGUGCAAUUCAGGAACAGGCAGAGAAAACGAGGAAUUUUCUUGGUCGAAGCCUCAUCAUAGGAGAAGUCAUUGCUUUCGUGGACAUGGCCACAGCUGUGAAGUGUGGAAUAAUUUACUGGCUAUUUGGUGGUGCUAUCAGGAAUCUCGGAAGCCCCAGACAUGUUACUAAGUGGUUUCUGCCACUCCAGGAGCAGAAAUACACUGGGAUGUUCGCCAUGACCGAGAGGGGCCACGGGAGCAACGUGAGAGGAAUCCAGACUGAAGCCACCUUUGACCUCUCUGCACAGGAGUUUGUUAUCAACACACCGUGUGAGGAUGCCGAGAAGAUGUACAUUGGGAACGCCAUGCAUGGGAACUAUGCAACUGUCUUUGCUCAGCUCAUUUUAAAUGGAACAUCUCAAGGGCCCCACUGUUUCAUCGUUCCUAUCCGGGAUGAAAACGGAAGCUUGUACCCAGGAGUAACGGCUGUUGAUAUGCUGCACAAGGAAGGUCUGCACGGUGUGGAUAAUGGGAUUUUAAUAUUCGACAAGGUUCGGAUACCCAGGGAGAACCUGCUGGAUAAGUUUGGUUCUGUGACUCCAGACGGCCAGUACCAUUCACCUAUUAAGAGCAAGAGUGCAAGAUUCAAUGUGAUGCUGGCAGCGCUGACCCCUUCGAGAUUAGCUUUGAGUUUCCAAGCUAUGGGUGCCAUGAAGGUUGGAUUGACGAUAGCCAUUCGUUAUAGCCACAGCCGGAGGCAAUUUGGGCCCAAAGCCAAGGAAGAGGUGAAGAUCAUCGAGCACCAAACACAGACCCUGCGGCUGAUGCCUCACCUGGCCACAGUGCUGGCCUUGACCUUUGUUAGCAGGUACGCCGGGGGCCUCUUGGAUGAGGACAUCUUCCAAGGGAAGGAGCUGGUCAACAGCCGCUCACUGCAGGCUCUGGUGGCGGGACUGAAGGCCUACAGCACCUGGGAGAACAUCAGCUGCCUGCAGGACUGCCGCGAGUGCACCGGAGGCAUGGGUUACAUGAUGGAAAACCGAAUCUCGGGCUUAAAGUGCGAUACAGAUGUGUUUGUAACUUUUGAAGGUGACAACGUUGUGAUGCUUCAGGUUGUAGGGCGAGAACUGUUGGCCCAAUACACCAAACAGUAUGAAGAAAAGCCACUCUUUGGCUUGCUCCAAACCUGGGCUGAGUCUGUGGGGGACAAGCUGAGAACCAGUUUCCUGGCAGUUAACGUGGACACUGUCAGUGAUCUCACCUUUCUGUUGAAAGCAGUGAAUUUUCGUGAAAGGGUUCUUCAGCGGAGUUUGGUGGCCAGAAUUUAUAAUAAGGUGAUGACCAAGAAGGAGGACUUUUUCAAUGCCUGGAACUCGUGUCUACACCACGUGGCUUCCCUGUCUCUGGCACACACUCAUCGAGUUACCUUAGAGCAGUUCUGCCUGGCUGUGAAGCGCUGUCCUGACCAAGAGAACCAGGCUUUGUUAAUGAAGUUUUGUCUGUUAUACGGAACCAAGCUGGUAUUCCAGGAGCGAGCCUGGUAUUUGGAACAUAAAUUCUUGACUCCCAUGGCUAGCAGAAGGAUCAGGAGUCAGAACGUCUUAUCCAUGCCUCCCAAGGGCUACCAGAACAACGGAGGGCGCCCGCGGGGCUUCUUAAGGGCAGAUCGGUUUUCCGCAGCAGGCAAGGGGAAGGUGACCAAGGACGAGCCUUGGUGCGCCGCCCCACGGUGUUCGGUUUCAAGAACCGUGGCCUGCCGUCAGCUCAGGGGGGCCCGGAUCCGGGAAGCCCUGCGGACGCCAGGGGAGCAGGCCGCAAGAGCUUGCGGUCGCCCUGCACGGGGCGCGGCGUCGAAGCUCCCUAGCCUAGCCAGGGUCGCGGGGACGCCUGAGCCACCACCCCGGGCUGGCUUCCUUUCCCCGCCCCAAGUAGAAGCGCUCAGUCCGUUGCUCUCCCCGACGCCUUUGUUUUUCAAAGGGUUCACAGGGUCGCGAGAAUGGCGACGGGGGGGCGGGGGCGGCGGAGUUGCAUCGGAACAG